AUGGUGAAUAAAACGACCCCUCCUCCACAGGCCUCUGGCGCCUGGCUCAAGAGCGAGCCGCUCUCGCCAACGUUGUCGACCACGAGCACGCCGCGUUGGCCCCCGAACGCGAGCGGUGAAGAGGCGAAGCCCCGUUCGCCCCGCUCUACUGCGCCCCUGGCGGCUGUACCGGAGCGGGAUUCGAACGCGGGACCUACCUACCCGCCCUUCCGUGAGGGCGUGGGCCUACGUUUUCCGCGGGUCCGGAAGCUCGCCGCUGUAUUGUGUGGUAUUGGGAAGUCCGCCACCUCCUCGCUCUCUUUCGAUGAGCUGUGUUGGUGGGCUGUUUGCCGCGGCCGCGUCGAGGCCUGGGUGCACCACCACUGGCAGCUCUGUCCCGUGCUCGCACAACGCGUGGGCGACGAUACGCCGCUGCCCUGGGACCAACACCAGGUACUCACCUUCGUCGGCUCCAAUGGCGAGUACUUGACUGAACGGAGGGGCGUCGUCACCUUCGACAACUACCUCCUCGUCCACCACCGUCUCCGCAAACUACCCGCCCCCCUCACCCGGGAUUUGCCGAGCGUCACCACCUUCACCGUCUCCACCUACCUCUACCUACUCUUCUGCACACAACCCUUCCGCGACCGACCGUGUCCCUGCAACCGACGAUCGAGCGACGAUUCCCAAAGCACUGACGGAGGCCGCACAGAACGGGCGGGCCAUGCGCUCUCGUGGCCCCACGCACCGGAAGCUGCGCUGCUUCUGGAUGCGACUCGCGGCGGCCAGGAACACACUCGCUGCGACCCCGUCGUCUAUGGCUGCGAUCCCGCGGCCUAUCGCGAGGAGGCCAACUGGGCCCCCUGUUCUGAAGACCACUACCCCCCACAAGGCCGCAACCUUUCAGAAGACCCCAGUCUAUCAGAAGACCACAAUCUAUCAGAGGGCCUGAAGGACCGAGAUUGGAAGGACCGAGAUUGGAAGGACCGAGAUUGGAAGGACCGAGAUUGGAAGGACCGGGAUUGGAAGGACCGGGAUUGGAAGGACCCGAGCCUGUCGCAGGAUUGUCGUGGAGGCCGGAGGAGAAUUGACAAUGUAGUUAGCACGGAGCCGGAGGGCGGCGAUGCCUAUUAUCAGAACUCCCGCAAGAGGAACUGCUGCAAGUCUCUGGAACAAGCCUCUCUCGAACAGAACUCUUUCGAACAAGACUCCCUCGCGUCGGAGCGAGAGCCGGAAGUGGUGAUUUUCCAGCACGGUUUGUUGGAGUCAUCGAUGUGUUGGGUCCUUGCGUUGUGGAGUGCCUUGGGGGACGUGCCUACGCUGGACAUCACGGGCCGUCUGUGGGGAGUGUGCUUCUGUUGGAUCUUGGUAUGGAAGUGGCUAUGGGAGUACGGACUGCGGCAGUACCGUUGCCUCCGUCCCACUUACGACCGCACGCUUUCGCGUGCGCGCUACCGCUGGAGCCUGCCCCUGCGUUUGCUCGAAGAACGCCCCCACCUCCAUGUCUGGAUGACCAACACGCGCGGCAACGAGUUCUGCGUAAACCUCAAUACCGAGACUAACCGCCCUAUGGGCUUCCGUCCACUCGCCUUCAAGGAUCUCCGCCGCCUCUUCCGCAUCUACUGGGACGAAGACUGGACCCACGUCGAUUCCAGCGUGCUCGAUUGCGAAGCCAUCUAUCAAUGCAUCUAUGAACCCCCCGGACAAGCGUCUCUCCGCAAACGUCCAACCCGGGGCCCACUCGUCGUCGGCUUCAGCCAAGGCAGCGCCGUCUUUUCCCUCAACGCCGCCCUCAAGUACCACUUCGCCCACGUCCUUCCGGCGCCCCUCCUGACCUUCUCGCCCCAAGACGACUUCUCCGCCACCGCCACCGCCGUCUGGGACUGGCCUCAGACCGCACCACCGGGAGCCUCCGGCCCCGCCUCCGGCGGAGCUUCCGCCACCGACUUCCCCUCGGCCUUCCCUCUCCCCUCGGUCGCGGCUCAGCGCGAGGUCCCGACCACCAACUGUCUCAAACACGACGCAGAAGGCACGGUCAUCAAGCCCGACCCACCCCCGACGGCGGCCGCCAACCCGUGGACCGCCACGCACGCGCGUGUGCUCCGUCGCACAACCGACAAGCAGCGCCGCCGACGCGGGAAACUGCGCCAAGUGCGCGCAGCCAGCGGCAAGGCCGCCCUCCCGCGCACGCAUUCCGUGGAGAGCGUGGCGUCUGCGCCACGACCCGCGCACCGUGAACCGCACCCCGACGGCGCCUGGGCUGCGGCACCUACGGCACGCGCGGCCCCGACCCCCAGAGCCGACGAGUCGCCCGACGAGGCCGCUCCGCCGGCCCCGGACGAAGCUGUUUCCGACGCGGCUUACCGAGCCCCACCGCCAUUCCGGGCGCGGUUGUUCGGAUCUUCGACGCCGUCCUCAUCGGCGCCGGGGUCCUCGUCAAUGCCUGAGUCAGGACCUAGUGCGGAGCCGGAAUUCGAUGAAAGCGCGGCAGAGUCGUUCGGACCGGGACGGCGGGCGAGCGCGGGUUGUUCGGAGAUCUUUUCGGAGCCGCGCGCUACGCCGUUGGUGUUCCCGACGGGGCUGGUGAUGCUGAGCCCGCCACUGGUGAUCCGAGCGUUCGCGCUCGAGAGUCUUAGCGGACUAACUGAUUUCGUGCGCGGUCGCGUCUGCACCGCCACCUGGGACUACCUCCAUUGGAUCGUACUCGGCACCGAACUGCUGCAGGCUAUGCUGCACGUCCGUCUCGGCUUCAUCGGACACAUCUUUGUCCGCUUCGUACUCGGCUUCAACCUGCUCCCGCUACAUUCACGCGUCGCCGACCUCGCCUACCGACUCACCCCCGCGGGAAUGACCACUCGCCGCAACAUGCGACUCUGGAAAGAUCUCAUGGACGGCCGCCACCUCCUCGGCGAGAAACUGGUCUACAACGCAGAUUCCCGCGCCUUCAUCCAACAACACUGGGCACCCGCAACUAGCCCGACCGGAGCCCCCGCAGGGCCCAGAGACGCAGCCCCCCCUGGCGACCGAGCCGCGCCGCCGGAGAAGCUCAACGUAGGGAAGCUGGUCACUCAGUUCGCGCCCAUCAAGAUCUAUGCAGGCCUCGAAGACAACAUCGCCGACACUGUGAGGGGCAUGGAAGCCUUGCUGGAGCGGUGUGUGGGGCUCACAGAGACGCGGCUGCUGGACCAGCGUAGCGAGUCAGCAGCGCGUCGGUGCUCGCUGUACGAGGCGGUGGGCGGCAGGCCGGCGCGCAUCCAGAUGAAUCUGGUGGCUGGCAGCAGCCACUGCGAUCUCCUCUGGCCGGCUGUGGCGCAGCUGAAGGUGCAUGAUGCCAUCAUGCAGGACCUGCAGGCUAUUUUAGACGCACGCAACCCUUUUGAAAAAUGA